AUGUCACCAUCAAACGGAGGCGCAAUUAGACCCAGCCCCCCAGAUGGACGCUGGGGUUGGGCAGUGGUUGUUGGAGCUUUUAUUUCCGUUGGCUUCUCUUGUGCAUUUGGCAAAUCUAUUUCUGUAUUUUACAAAGAAAUUGAGGAAAUAUUUAAUGCCAGCCCCAGCGAAGUAUCAUGGAUCUCUUCUAUUAUGUUCGCUGUCAUGUAUGCUGGAGGUCCGAUCAGCAGUGUCCUGGUGAAUAAAUAUGGCAGCCGUCCAACUAUGAUUGCUGGUGGCUGCUUGUCAGGCUGUGGCUUGAUUGCAGCUGCUUUCUCCAACACCGUACAGGAACUUUACUUAUACAUUGGAUUCAUUGGAGGUCUUGGGCUUGCCUUCAACUUGAAUCCGGCUCUGACCAUGAUUGGCAAGUAUUUCUACAAGAGGCGACCGUUGGCAAAUGGACUGGCCAUGGCAGGCAGCCCCGUGUUCCUCUCUACUCUGGCCCCCCUCAAUCAGGCUUUCUUCGGUAUCUUUGGCUGGAGAGGAAGCUUCCUAAUCCUUGGGGGCCUCCUACUAAACUGCUGUGUGGCUGGAGCCCUGAUGCGACCAAUAGGGCCCCCGCCAACCAACGCAGGGAAGGAUAGGUCUAAAGAAUCCCUUCAGGACACUGGAAAAGCUGAUGGAGAAAUGGGGACAAAUGAUGCAAAUACAGAUUCUAGUGGCAGAAACACCAAAGAGGAGAAACAAUCAGUUUUUCAAAGAGUUAUCACAGUUAUGGACUUAUCCCUGUUUACCCACAGAGGCUUUCUACUGUACCUCUCUGGGAAUGUGGUGAUGGCUUUUGGGCUGGCUACUCCUUUGGUCUUUCUUAAUAGUUAUGCCAAGAGUCAACAUUACUCUAGUGAGAAGGCUGCCUUCCUUCUUUCCAUUCUGGCCUUUGUUGACAUGGUAGCCAGACCUUCUAUGGGACUUGUAGCCAACACCAAGUGGGUAAGACCUCGAAUUCAGUAUUUUUUUGCUGCUUCUAUUAUUGCAAAUGGAGUGUGUCAUCUGCUAGCACCUUUAUCCUCCAGCUACAUUGGGUUCUGUGUCUAUGCGGGAUUCCUUGGAUUUGCAUUUGGGUGGUUCAGCUCCGUAUUAUUCGAAACACUGAUGGACCUCGUUGGACCCCAGAGGUUCUCCAGCGCUGUGGGAUUGGUGACCAUGGUGGAAUGCUGUCCUGUCCUCCUGGGGCCGCCACUUUUAGGUCGUCUGAACGACAUCUACGGAGACUACAAAUACACGUACUGGGCGUGUGGUGUGAUCCUCAUUAUCGCAGGCGUCUAUCUCUUCAUUGGCAUGGGCGUCAAUUAUCGACUUGUGGCGAAAGAACAGAAAGCAGAGAAGCAGCAGAAUAAGGAAGGGAAAGAAAAGCCAAAAGAAGGUAUUAAAGUAGCAGACUCUAGAGGAUAGAGAGGCACGUGAAGCCCCGAAGAGGAGAAACAUCCCUUCUGAACCAUGGUUAACCUGAGGAGCUUUGGACCAAAAACACCUGAAAAAUCCUACCGCAUCUUGUUCUGUUGGUGCUGCUCACCGUGGCCAGUGGGCGCUUGUGUGAAGUCAUACCAGGUGUCCCCUGAUGGAAUUUUUGUUUCAUUCCCUCACAGCAGUCACAAUGCAUAUGUCACAACCUUUGAGGCCAGGGAAAUAGCUUUUAUUGGAAGUCAUCUUUGUUAAGGUAUGCUUCAUAUACGGUAAUAAAUCUCUUUUAUAAGACUAAA